UUUCUACAACAGAAUUACAAGUUUUCAAACCAUUGAUUCUUCGAAGCUGCCGACUAUUGUAACCAAAAGAAAUUCCCUUUCGCAUGAUUGAGUUAAAAACUAAUUAAUCUCACAAACCUUCAACAUUCAAUUCCUUUUUCCAGGAAGUUCUAAAACACCGUAUUUUACUUUACUUUUAUUUCCUACCCUUCACUUUAGCAAUUAAAAAAGAAUAAAAACAAAAACGAAAAAAAAAUUCUGUCAACAAAUUGUUUUUCAAACAUCUUGCAACAUGUUAGAUACAUUUCACCUUGCUGGAUAGUAUUAUCCCAGGACUUUAGGAAUAGCUAUAUUUCUGAACGACAAUUAAUUUAUGCAAAAAUAGUCAACGCUUCAAGCGUCAACACGCACAGCAUUAUUCUCUUCAUUAACAGGGCAGAGUGAUAGAGUGCGCCAGAGAAAGCGUAGUCUCUUGUCGUGUCGUGUGUUAACUGUUUUAUUUUUUUUUCUUUUUAGCCAUCGAUUUACUGUCUGACUGGGACGAGCGUGGUAAAUGGGACAAAACAUUUGAUGGCGUUUCAUUCCUUGAUCAGAUGGGUGACUUCAAAGUGCUGAAAUGGUGAAUACACCCUUACUCCAUGUACACGAUCUAUUUUUCCGGGGUACCUCCUGGGAGUUCUUGGUGGGGGUGUGUAGCCUGGUUCUCCGAAUCCUGACCCUGAUCCUGAUCCUGAUCCUGAUCCCAAUUGUCAUUUUUUACACCAUUUUCAGACCUGGCCUCUAAAAUUCAUACCCGUUUUCAGACCUGGAGGUGGUCACAACGCUCAACAAACGUGUUUACAUUGACAGAAAUUAUGUCAUCAUUUGCCGAGAUUAUAACGCCAACAAAAAGAUUUCUUUAUUUUCUGUUCAUUUAUAAUUAAAACGACGAACACAUUCAUACACUACCGUAGUUCCCUUGUAAACCAUACCUGAUUCCAGACCAAAAUGGGCAAAAUCUAUACCCGUUUUUAGACCAAAACGGCGCCAAAACCACACCCUUUGGGGCGGCACAUACCUAUACACCCAUAUAAGGGAGUACCCCCCUGGGUCUAUUUCUCAUACUUUAUGCCGACGCAUUUGUUUGUUAUAUUGUAGAUCACUUUGCUGUGCGUGCAAUCCCAACUUCUUGUUAAACCCGUAAAAAAAAAUGCAAUAGUGUGCUGAAAUUUCUCAAAUGAACCGUCUAAAAUUCUGAUUUCUAAACUUUUUUUUUUUGCAGUUCUCACAAUAAAAAGAAUCGUUGUCUGGUGUUGGCCAGUUUGGAUCGCGAAGACGAGGAGCCGUAUUACGCGUGGGCCUGGAAAUCAGCAAAUCAUCCGAGUGUUCCUGGGGAGGACACUAAACUCACAGUCAUGAGGUUUGCUAAAACACUUUUGUCCGAGCAGUUUUUGUGACAACUUUGGAACCGUAUUAAAGUAAAGUAACCGUUAGGGCCAGGACGCUUGAUGCUGUACUUUGUUAGAGGAAAUUGUCGCAGAAUUUGUGGCGGGCAGAACCCACUCUUGUGACAAAACCGUUUUUAUAACCUUUACGAUUGUUGUGAGGACAAAACGGAUUUAUCUCACUCAAUGCAUAACAUGGAACACUUAGCAGGAGCCCCCGUCAUUGGUAGACUGCCAAACAAGCUCUCUAUUUGAAAAUCAGUUUUCAAGGCGUGAGAUUCUCGCGCUAAGCGCGCGAGCCUCGCAGAUCCGUAGGGCGUCACACCAUUCGUUUGACCGUUUGCGGGUGCUUUACCUGCACAAGAAUACGGCCUAUUGUGUAGUCUAUUUCAGUGGCGUUUAAUGUACCCUAUACACACACACACUAAACCAGUUAGCUAGCCAAACUAAAGCCUUUGAUUUUUGAGACCUUAAAGUAGCCAGCGUCCCGUGAUUAAAAUUUGAUCCAACUGGUGCUUGAGGAGGCUGCUUGGAAGGUGGUUGUGGACGAAGUUUGCUUUGAAAAACGAAAGACUUAUGAAAAGUUUCUUGAAUAACUGUGUUGUUGUCACUCUUGAAAAUUUAUUUACUGCAAAUCUGAAUAGCCUUACCCAUAAAUACUGAUGUGUAAUACCUUGAUAUACUUUGCCUAUUGGCUUUUCCAUCUAUUUUUUUCUGUAGGUUGGACACAGGCAUUUGCGGUGCAAUAAUUCGUCCAUACCACGAUGCGACUCAGUCAUCGAAAAUCACGUUAAUUACACAGGUACGAGGCUCUAUCCCCAGUUCCCUGAAAAGCACUUAUCUGAUUGGAAAUCCGAGCAAGUGGCUAAUCUGGCUGAAGAAGCAUCACGAUUCACAAGUGAACAAGACUGCAGAACAAAACAAGGAAAACGAUGAUUCCUCUUCGGUUUAAGGAAGACCAUAAAGGAAAACGGCAAUCAUAGCGCUCAAUUAGUUCUUUUGAGUAGAAUUUGCUUUAAAAUCAGGAACACAUAAUCUAGCAAGGACAUUGCUAUAACUCUUAUAAUUCUUGGGGCUGGUUAUUUAAACGAAGUCUAACCCAAGCCGCGGUUUAAGAAAUCUUUAGACCUCCAGAUCUCCUCCAUAGUGUUUUUUUAAAAAAUGCUUUUCUAUAUGCUUUCAUAAAACUUUCAUAAUAAAUGGUGUUUAGAUAAAACCGUUGGGCAAAAUGAAAAUGGCUUAGAACGCGUUUUUUUUAAACGCAGGCUAAACUACGUUAAACAACUGGCCCUUAAUUUUUAUUUAAAGCAUUGAUGAAUUUCUUAGGAGCACGUUUGGUUAUAGUAAUAAUUUCUAUGGCAUUCGUUUUAUGAAAACAUAGUAUUUCCACAAUUGUGAAAAACGAAAACUUUUUUACAAUCGCGGCAAAGUAUAAUGAUGUCGCUCGAGCCCCUCCACUUUAUCGGUUGCUAUGAUGUUGACCAAUCCCGCAUUCCAGUGAACUCGACGCUUGUGGUCAUAAAAUGCAGUGAUUUCUAUGAAAUUCAGUCCACCUAAGGCUCGACGUCGUUUCUAUGUGUGUGCGUGCUGUUGAGGAAUACGAUAAAGGUCAACUUGUUACUCAAAGCAAGCCUCGACAAGCUUAAUGUCACUGCACAUUUUUGUGCACAUCAUUAUGGCGCUACUGGGCGUGUCGUCUUCACCUCAAAUGCCCACUAAGAAUUGAGUUCUAGAAAUAAGCCUUAAAGGACCUAGGAUACGCAAUUUCAGGGUAUUUCAGUUCUUACAAUCGAUAACAGAGUUGACUGAAAUAUCAAAAUUUCUAUUUUAACCCUUUCACCCAUGAUACAGUAGCUCGCCAGCAAAGCAAAAGUUUCCGCACACUUUCAAAUUUUUUUUUUGGUAAAAUCCUUAGAAACUGAAUGGUACCGUACAAAAAUUCUACCAAAGGGGUUAAUUUGGAUUGUAGCAUUGUAGAGUAGGAUCUCGUUCAUAAAUGCCAAACUUUUGAGUGAAAAAUAUGGCAUCAUAAUUUGGUCCUCUGGAAUUGAAAUAUCAGAGUUAAACUUGAAACUAACACAAGAAAAAUUAGCACUGAAGAGCCAAAAAGGAACACGGCUGGCAAAACUGGAAAGCAUUAGGACGGCUCUUUGAAUAGAUACUGAAAAUGGUUUUAGAACAUGGUAGGAGAAGUGAUAUCACUUAAGAUAUGUGCACUUAAAGCAGUAAUUUUAAAUUAUAAUUUAAAUUUAGUUUCUACAAGCUUGCGACUUCGUAGCUUUUUUUCAAAGUGCUCUUCUAGAGUGAAGGAAAUUGUGCGAAUUUUAACAAUGGUUGCAUCGACAGAGCAAUCGCUUGAAAUAGGGUGAAGAGUGCUUUGAUUUUAUGCUCAGAUCACAUAAAGUUUUAAUGUUUGCCAUUUGAUAAAUAUGGUUUGAAUAUACUUUCCUAAAUAUUGCGAGUUUAUAUAACUUUUUUACAAAGUAAAACUUAACGAAGAGCUGCCCCAAAUUUCCCUCACUUAAAGAUGAGAUUAGUGUGUAGUAAAUAAGCUAGUGAGUGUUAAUAAAAUAAAGUAUUUUGACAGAUCGU